GAGAGAAAGUAAGAAUUUUAACAAUCUCUUUAAAUGAUGUUCUGAAAAAAAAAAGUUCUAGUCUAAUAAUGACUGUGAGGAAGUUCAUGCUAUUAAUAACUACUCUCAGUGGUACUUAGUUUUUUUCUUUUAGAAAAGACAGCAAAGCUCCCGCCUUUCCCCCAGGGACAGUAACUGCUAUAUAAAACCUGAUGCUCUUUCUUUUCUUUACUCUGACUAAAGCUGCUGGACCAAUGUCAAGCUGAUCUCGUGGGUUUUUGAUGCCCAGCUUUCCUCCAGUGAGAACCUUCCAUCCCACUUUGGAUCAAAAGACCAAAAAUGAUAUUCCACGUGCGGGGAUUGUACAGAUCAUUCCUUAUCCUCUUUCACCUGUUCAUAUUGUACAAACUUCCCAGAGCUAGAUGGUUUCCCAAAACCUUGCCUUGUAAUGUGACUCAGAACAUUAUGGAAGCCAGUGUGAUGGUAAAUUGCACAGAAAAACAUCUCACAGAAAUCCCAAAUGGAAUUCCUUCCAAUACAACCAACCUGACCCUCACCAUCAAUCACAUCCCCAAAAUUUCCCCAAACUCCUUUGCUGGUCUGAAAAAUCUGGUAGAAAUUGAUUUCCGAUGCAAUUGUGUUCCUGUCCGACUAGGACCAAAAGACCGCAUCUGCACCAAGAGGCCAAAUAUCGACUCUGGCAGCUUUAGAAAUCUCACUAAAUUGAAGUCACUGUACCUGGACGCAAAUCAACUCUCUGAAAUACCUUUGGACCUUCCUUCAAGUUUGCAGUUGCUGAGUCUUGAAGCAAACCACAUCUUUUCCAUCACCAGAGAGAAUCUUACUGACUUAGUCAACCUAGAAAUACUCUAUCUGGGCCAAAAUUGUUAUUUCCGUAAUCCUUGCAAUGAUUCUUUUUCUAUAGAAAAAGAUGCCUUCCAGAGCUUGAGGAAUUUAACAUUAUUAUCUCUAAAGGCUAACAAUUUAACUGCUGUUCCUACUGUUUUGCCUUCCAGUUUAACAGAGCUCUACCUUCAUAACAAUAAUAUCCAAAGAUUUAAAAAGGAUGAUUUCCACAACCUCUACCAAUUACAAAUUCUCGACUUAAGUGGAAAUUGCCCUCGUUGUUUCAAUGUUCCAUUUCCUUGUAUCCCUUGUCCAAACAAUAGUCCAUUAGUGAUCCAUGGAGGUGCUUUUGAUUCCUUAAGUGAAUUAAAAAUUUUGCGUCUCCAUAGCAAUUCACUCCAACAUAUACCCAAGAGUUGGUUUAAAAACACUAAAAAACUUGAAGAACUUGACCUUUCCCAAAACUUUCUGGCCAAAGAAAUUGGAGAAGCCAAGUUUUUGAAUUCUCUUGUCAAUCUUAAAGGCCUGGAUUUGUCUUUCAAUUAUGAACCACAGGUCUACCGGGCUUAUUUAAACUUGUCAAACACAUUUGCUUCACUGAAAAAUCUGAAAAUCUUGCGGCUCAAAGGGUAUGUCUUUAAGGAACUGCAAAGCACCCAUCUCUUUUACUUAAAGAAUCUCUCACAGCUUGAAGUAUUAGAUCUUGGUACUAACUUUAUCAAAAUUGCUGACCUGAGUGUGUUCAAAAACUUCCCAGCCCUGAAGAACAUUGAUCUUUCUGUUAAUAAAAUAUCUCCUAGAGAAUCAAGUCAAAAUGGAUUUUGUUCCAUGGCCAGGACUUCUACAGAGUUUCAAACUUCAUUUGAAAACAUUCAUUAUUUUAGAUAUGAUGAGUUUGCCCGAAGAUGCAAAUUUAAAAGCAAAGAGGAGCCUUUUCUCCCACUGCUCAGAAAUGACUGUGAAUCAUAUGGAGAAACCUUGGAUUUAAGCAGAAAUAAUCUCUUUUUUGUCAAGCCCAGUGAUUUUGAGGAUCUUUCCUUCCUGAAGUGUCUGAAUCUGUCAGGAAAUAGCAUUAGCCAAACUCUCAAUGGCAGUGAAUUCCAACCUUUAGCAAAACUGAAAUACCUAGAUUUCUCUAACAACAAACUUGAUUUGCUUCACUCAACAGCUUUUCAGGAGUUACAGGAACUAGAAGUCCUAGAUAUUAGUGGGAAUAGUCAUUACUUUCAGUCAGAAGGGAUCACGCACAUGCUCAAUUUCACCAAGAACCUCCAGGUUUUGAAGAAAUUGAUGAUGAAUGGGAAUGAUAUCUCGACCUCCACUAGCACAGAAAUGGAAAGUGAGUCUCUAAAGAUUCUGGAGUUCCGAGGAAACCACUUGGAUGUUUUGUGGAGAGAUGGUGAUAACCGAUAUUUGGGGUUCUUCAGGAAUCUGAUCCAUCUGGAAGUGUUGGAUAUUUCUCAGAAUUCCCUCAGUUUUUUGCCCACUGGAGUUUUUGAGGGUCUGCCUCCAAAUCUAAAGACUCUCUUGUUGUCCAAAAAUCAAAUUAAGUCUUUCAACUGGAAUAAACUCAGCUGUCUUCAGAAUCUAGAAACGCUGGAUCUCAGUCACAACCUCCUGAGCAGAGUUCCUGAAGUAUUAUCCAAUUGUUCCAGAAGUCUCAAGAAACUGAUACUCAGUUAUAACCAAAUCCAUCAGCUGACAAAGAAUUUUCUCCAAGAUGCUUUUCAGCUGAGAUAUCUAGACCUCAGUUCAAACAAACUUCGGGUCAUUCAGAAGUCCAGCUUUCCAGAAAACGUCCUUAACCAACUUGACGUGCUGCUCUUACAUGGCAAUCGUUUUUUUUGUAACUGUGAUGCUGUGUGGUUGGUGUGGUGGAUUAACCAAACUGAGGUAACUAUUCCUUAUCUGGCCACUGAAGUAACCUGUGCAGGACCAGGAGUACACAAAGGCCAGAGCUUGAUUAAGCUCAAUUUAUAUACCUGUGAGUUAGAUUUAAUUAAUUCGAUUCUGUACAUGACCUCCAUGUUCAUCAUUCUCUGCCUAAUGGUUAUUCCAGUUGCAAGCCAUCUCUAUUUCUGGGAUAUGUGGUACAGCUAUCACUUCUGUAAAGCCAAAUUAAAGGGGUAUCAACGUCUCAUUUCCCCACAGUUCUGCUAUGAUGCUUUUAUUGUCUAUGACACCAGUGAUCCAAAGGUGGUGGAAUGGGUUUUCAAAGAACUGGUGGAAAACAUUGAAAGCCAAGGAGAUAAACAAUUCAAUUUGUGUCUUGAAGAACGAGACUGGAUACCUGGAAAACCAGUUUUGGAAAACCUGUCCCAUAGUAUACAAUUAAGCAGAAAAACAGUAUUUGUGAUGACAAAUGCCUAUGUCAAGUCAGGGAAUUUUAAGACUGCAUUUUACUUGUCACAUCAAAGACUCAUGGAUGAAAAAGUCGAUGUGAUUAUUCUGAUAUUUCUUGAAAAAGCUUUUCAGAGAUCUAAGUAUCUCCAACUCAGAAAAAGAUUGUGCAAGAGCUCUGUCCUCGAGUGGCCCACCAACCCACAGGCUCAUCCCUAUUUCUGGCAAUGUCUAAAAAAUGCCAUAGCCACAGACAAUGACACAGUCUACAGUAAAGUGUUUAAAGAGACUCUCUAGUUCUUUUCUUCAAAAACCACUUGAUAAAAAAAGUUAUCAGUGUUUCAUAUGGGAUAGGAAGUGAAUGUCCCAUUGCAAAAAAAAAAAAUUGUUCCUGGACAAUAUUGAGGGACCUUCUAAGAAUAUAGACACUGGAUCAGAUAAAUAUAUUAUCUCAGCUACAAGGGAGGUACCAGUGCCCCCAUUUAAAUCCUCCACCUCUAAUCUCUUUUGUUUUCUUUAUGUCUUUUUUUUAAAAAAAAAAACAUUCUCUUCUGUUUUAGUGUCAAUUCUAAGACAGAAGAAGGGCAAGGGCUAGGAAAUUGGGGUUAAGUGACUUGCCCAGGGUCAUAUAGCUAGGCUGUGUUCAAGACCCCAUUUAAAUCUAGUUCUGUGUGAUUUUUAGACAAGUCUCUUCAUUUGCCUGGUUCUAAAUUUCCACAUCUGUAAAUCAAAGUGCUUGGUCUAGAUGGUUUCUCAGUUUCUUUCCAGCAUUAGUUCUAUGAUUAGAUUAAAAAUAUCGUGGAAAGGAGGGAAGAGCAGGAAAUCCAAAGUUCUUUUCCUUUCAAUCAAGUUACAUUGCUGACUUGCAAAAUCCAAAAGAUGCUUGCUCUGUACCCAAUAAGUACUUGAGUUCAUAGAGUUGAAAUUAUACCUAGUAUAUAUAUAUGUGUGUGUAUAUAUAUGUAAUAUUGAGCACUAAAAUUUGCAAAGUGUUUUAUAAAUACUAUCUUCUUGUAGCCUCACAACAACCCUGUGAGGUAGGUAGUAUUAUUAUCUUCAUUUUACAGAUGAGGAAACCGAGGCAAAUAGAGGAUGAGACUUGCCCACAGUCAUAAAGUCAAUCAAUCAAAUUUAUUAAAUAUAUACUACCAGCCAGGCACCGUGCUAUAUACUGGAAGUGAAUGAUGCCAGAUUUGACCUCAAGUCUUUCUGACUAGUUCUAUUAUUCUAACUGUUAUGCCACCUUGGUUGUGUGUAUGUGACACCAAAUUAGGAGAAUUAUGGCAUUUCCAUUUUUUUAAACACUUUCCUUCUGUUUUAGGAUUAUACUACAUGUCAGUUUCCAGACAAAGGAACAGUAAAGUCUACGAAACAGGGUUUGAGUGACUUGCCCAACAAGGAAGCAUCUGAGAUCAGAUUUGAAUCCAGGACCUCCUGUCUCUAGGUUUGGCUCUCAAGCAACCGAGAGGUCCCUAAGAAAUUCAUUUUUUAAAAAGAAGUCAACCAAAAAGCCAUUUAGUUCUGAGUAGCCCCCUUGACCCAAAGGUUUCUUGACCAGUUGAUUCUGCAUUUUGUAGACACACAGUCUAUUUCAUGCAGACUUGUGCCCCAGUCUGUGCCUGGGUGGCUGUUAUUUUCCUGCUUUUCCCCCCUCAUGACCAGAUGCAGAGUAUGAUGGGCAUAUAAUGAGCAAAAGUCUUAUGCUUAAUGGAAGCAAGCUGAGCUAACAUGGAAAAUUUUCUGACAUUGUUCAGCUGUCUCUCAGAGUAAUGGACUUCAUCUUUGAUUAAUCCAUCUGUCAAUUAUUUUAUCUAGACUGCCACAUACUGUACACACAGAAAAAAUUGUUCUCUCCAAAGGCAUAUUACUAAUACUGUUUAGAUAACUAAUGUGGUACAUCUGUGAGGACCAAGGAUUCUGGCAAAUGGAAAUGGACUCUUACAGUCUGGCAGCCUGAGUGGGAAGAGGACAUUGUUGUAGCUAGAAUACCAAGAUGCCCAAGGACACUGAUUUUUAAAAAUCCAGCCUAAAACAAUAGAAAUGUAGUAUCCUUGUUAAUAAGAUAGUGAAGAGAAUGUUGAACUCUGGUUUUCAUUUUUUUACACAUUGUACACUCCUGGACAGGUCCCAUGAUUUGCAUAACGAAGCUUAGUAAGACUGGAAAAACUCUCAGUCUUAAUCAGCCUCUGAUGAGGAAAGAAGACCAGGAUUCUAGUCCCAAGCUCAUUAUGUAUAAUUUAAAAAUAUAUUUGUUUUAUUUCUAAGACAUUAUACGAAUAAACAAAAAUUAGAUUGCAAUGGCCAUCUAAUCCAACCCAACCAACAUUUAUUUAAGUGCCUGUUAUGUACAAGGACAAAAUAAAAAACAAGUCUCUGUCCUCCAGGGGUUUAUAAUCUAUGGCUGAUUGAUCAGUUCCAAUGGUUGUUUUUUGUUUGGUUGGUUUUUUACUACCCUUUUCUUCUGUCUUGGAAUUGAUACCAAGUAUUAGCUCCAAGGAAGAAGAGUGGUAAGGGGCAGGCAAUUGGGGUUAAGUGACUUGCCCAGAGUCACACAAUUAGGUAGUAUUUGAGAUCAGAUUUGAACCCAGGUCCAUUCCAUUUCCAGGAUUAGCUCUCUAUCCAAUGAGCAACCUAACUUCUCUCUGGAUGAUUGUUAAGGAAGAAAACUGAACAAUAUCAUCUGAGAACUAGGGGAAGGCAAUGUAGUAGAGUCGAAUGAAUGUUGGACUUGAAUUCAGGAGAUUUCUGGGUUCACAUUUUGCCCUUUGUACCAGAAUGUUUUGUAACCACAGACAGGUGAUGUGAUUGUUCUGAACCUUCAUUUUUUAUCUGUAAAAUGGAGUCGGCAAUGAAGAGCUGUGUAAUUCUUAUUUAAUUUUUCCCAAGCUGUACUUUUCCUGUAGGGUAAUUUGAAGAUGAAAUAAAAAGAAAUGCAUGUAAUAAAA